CAUAUUUAUGGAAAAUUGUAAUUAGUGACUUGAUUGUCUGGGAGUUAUAGAUAGAAUUCUACAUAUACAGAAGAAACCGGGGUUUUUUUAAGCAUAAUACUGUAAUACUUCUUUUAAAAAAUGCCUUCCCUAAGUGAAGAGUGAUAUUAAGCAGCUUGUUCUCUCAUUGAUGUGAUAAAAUUCUGCUUAUAGGAAGCUAAGUGCAAACCCGCAUUGAAUUCUAAAAGCACAAGCCUUUGACAUUAAGCUUUUCUUUACCUGAGUAUCACAGAGUAAUAUCACACAGUAAUAAACCUGGCAUUUAUCUACUUUGAGAUUUGCCAAGAAUCUUUGCCUACGUUUGUGAAUCUGUAGGGGUGGUAUUGUAUUUAUAUCAGGUGAAGAAAUAAAUCUCUGAGCAAUCCAAAUGUGCGUAGCUGAAGAGUUAUAAAUUCCACAAGUGCAUUGCAGCCAUGUGUCAAUAAAGGUGUCAACAGCAACAAGAACGUGUUGCAGACAUGUUAAUACUUUCUGUUGUUGAUCUUUGCUACUGCAGUUCUCAGCAUGCCAGACAAAUGCAGAUAGUGACGCACUCAAUUGCUCCAGCCCCAGAGACCUUCUCUGUUCCUUCUCUGUGUAACCUUUGACUGCAGCUCUUCCUACUCUGGAGUCUGGUAUAUUACUGUGGAGCCAGCUUUGAGUAGGGUUAAAUCUCUGCCUCUUGCCUGUGUUAAAUCAUGUAGGAUAUCUUCCUUCAGAGACACAUAGUUUGGUUUUUCUUCUUUGUCUAGGCCUUCCCUCUUGUUUCCUAUUUAUCGUAGAAUGUCUGAAAUGUAUUGUUGAUUCAGUAAAGUGGGAAUAUCAGUUAAAAUGCUAAUGUGUUUAGCUUCCUGAUUCCUAUAUACUGGAUUCUUCCAAGCUUCUUAUGGAUUCUUCCUACUGAUAUAUGUUUUUGCCAGUUUGUUUGAUCUUGGCAGGUAGUAGCAGACUACUUCUCAUUUUCUUCACGUUACACAUAGAGUUUCCUAUCAUUCUGUACCUGUAUUACAAACGAUCAUGGGACAGGACUAUAACCUCUGAACUUGCUUUAGGGGUUUGUACAUUACAGCAGAAACACAGGGGGUAUCCCUUGUAGUGCUGUUGGCUUGUUGAUCAUGGAUAGAGUUAAGUACACACAUACAGUGGUAGUGAGCAUGUUAAUUGUUUAGUGAACAUAAUUCUUCCACCUCCAGCAAGCUGUUUCUGUGCUUAAGUGCUGUGCUGAGAUGACUGUAUAUCCUCUACUCAGCCCUAAUUUCAGUGGUCACAGGACAAUGUUCAACUUAUUUAAGAAAUGUUGAAGGAAAGUGACCUGUGGUACGAAAAGUGACCUAUUGUAUGCAAGUAAAUCAUAUCAUAUUGUUUUAAAACUGCUCUCAAGCUUAACAGCAUGAAAUGUAAAAUCCACAGAAGUCUAAAGCAGGAUCAUGUCAGUGCAACUGACUCUGCAGCUCUCUGGGCACUUGAGCUCAGCUUUCACUCAGGUGACUGGUUUCCUGCAAUCUCCUGGAGGAAUGAGUCAGCCCCUACCUCUCAAAAGAAGAAAACCAGCUCUUAAAACUGAAAAGGGGAAAAAAAAGACUUGGAUAAAGUUUAGUAGCUAUCUGAAAAUCUUCUUUAGGGGUUGAACUGUCAUUUACAAGAGCUGAAAACAAACAGUACUGCCUCAAUAUUUGUAGCCAUUGAUACAAACAAGUACUUUGAUACAAAGAUUUUGGUAAUGCCUGUCAGUGUUUGCUCAGACACAUACUGUAUUUGUGACACCUCUGGAGAUGGAAAUGGGGAGAUUCAAGACUUCAGGACUCUGUGACUGGUACUUCAGUCCUACUUCUCUGGGAACAGCAAAGCCUUUGCUGUAUGAAAACAGACUGCCUCCCCCCAACAUAAUCUAUGGUGAAUGUGAAGGCAGUUUGCCUUUAGCACCUGUUUGGUUUUUACAGCUGUUCUUUUUCUGAAGAUCAUACUGCUCCAAGUUUAUAUUCAAACUGAAGUGUAGGACAGCUGGUUAUGAGAAAGAGGAAAUAAAAAUACAGCACAUUGUGGCGAUUAUAAGCAUAUCAGACCUCAGAUUUGCUUACUUUGACCUGUGUGUAACACAUGCAUUCACAUGUUUUCAGCUGUGGUUAUUUCACCAGAGGUAAUGCAGCUUUUGAAUAAACAGGAAGCUACAAGAAUGUGAGGAGCUGGUAGAACAUAUCCAGUAUCCUUUUUCCUCUGGCUUCCCUGUCUUUGUUAAUGUGACAUUAUGAAAAGUUCAUGUGAAUCAUCUGUUUCUUGUCAUUGGAGGACAGAACUAUAAAAAGACAUGGAAGCACUCUGUAGUUGGAUUUAUGACUAGGAAGAAAAUUAACCUGACAUGGAAAAAUUCUGAUGUUUAUUUAGGACAGGAUGAAAUAGAAACAAGCUGAGAUUUACACGUGAUUCCACCUCCUGGUUUUUGAGUCUUUGCAUAAUGUCAGUUUCAAAUCCAGUUUUUCUUUGGAACUUCAUAUAGGGACAUACUGCUAUUAUAACAAACAAAUGCUUUUUGCUCUUCAUUAAAUCAGUUACAAUAACUUCGGAACCUUAGUGACUCGUGAAGUCUUAGUGUCUUAUGUUCUCAUAACUAUGACAAGUUGCGCUGUGCUUUAAACAUAAUGUCCAGUGCAGAUGGACUACCCUCCUUUAGAUUACUGCAAGUGUGAAUAUUUCAAAGGCUAACAAAAAUUAGAGUGCGUGUGACCCUCUUUCAAGCUUCUUGGGAAGCUUUUUAGGACCUUCAAUGGGAAUGAUACGAAUGUGCCCCUCAUUCUCCUUUGGAUGUUCAAUGCUUUUCUUUUUAGAUAGAUUGAAGGAAAAACUAGCUGUAACAUGUUACCUGAAUUGUGCUAGGGAGAAUCAUGCUUGGCAUACAGGUUUGUCAGACUCGUGCGGUUUUGGACUGAGGUUGAGGGAAGAUGGCGGUGAGAAGAGUGGGACAUGACACAUUUGAUUUCUCUGGUUAUAUCUUGGACAUGACAUGCCUCGCUGGGCCUCUUUGGACUAUACUACUUAUCCAUGCCUACUUGACUGCUUCAUGAAAAAUGUCUUUUAAAUGGCACCUCACUUGACCUCGAAGAAUUGAGACUUACCAAAGCAUCUUGCUUGGAACCUGUUUAGGCUCCCAUUUCUGUAAGUCACUUCCCAUUCUGGCACAGCAUCAUAUUUGUAGCUGUUUUUUUUCCACUCAGUGCCUUUAAAUAGUUGAUGGCCCCAGAGUACAUGGUUCUCCUGAUCCCAUGCUGAAUUCAAGCACUCUUGUACUCUUCUUCUGCUCUUAAUUACGUCCUUUUACUCAAUCACUAGAAUGAAUACUGAUUCCUGGUAAAGAUGAAAAUUACACUUGUCUUGUAGAAGUUUCCUAUUUAAGCACGGGCUUUUUUGUAGUAAUUCUGCAUCACAAAGAAAUACCUCAAACAAGAAAUAAAAAACUGAACUGAAGUAAUUCAGUUUUGUAGGUGUAUCUGUGAUGUUCACUCAGAACAAAAUUUAUUAUGGAAGGAGUAGGAAACAGUUCCUUGAAAUUGUCUUGUUGGCAUCCAGCUCAAGAUGAGGAGGCUGCCAAACCUGGUAGUAAGUACAGGCUGGCAAAAUGAUAUGGCACUAAGAACCAAAGUAGAACAGUGGGGCUUGGACAGCCUGCUGAUCUUCUUUAGAAUACAAGAAUAUUCUUCUGCCUAUUUCCAAUCUCCAUACUAUUGCUCUUUUUACUUAUGCUCCUCUCCCCAUUUAUUUUACAUACUUUUGAAGAAGAGAGGUAAUAACAAGAAGUAUUACAAGUCUUUGUUUUCAGACAGGGAGUGGUCUUUUGGUCCCUGUUGGGUUUUUUGUUUGCUUGGGUGGUUGUUUUGUUUUUGACAUAGUUCUGAAAGGUUUUUGAAAGCAUUGUUGUGAGUUUAAAGACAAAACUGGUUGCAAAGGUGCUCAGUUCUAAGAAGUUGGCUGGUUGCUUACUUCUUAUAAGUUAGCUAGUGGAGCAUGGAUUGAGGAUGUAUUCCUGUCUAAAAAAAUACAUGGUGAUGCUAUCAUAUGUAUCUAUCAUGUAUGAGUAAACUGACCUGCAAAGAGCAAAUUCUGUGAGCUUGUCCAGCCUCUGCAGAGCUGGCAAGGCAGCUUUGCUGCUGUCAGUCCUGCACGUGUGUGUGGGGAGCAGGCUUGAUGCUGCCUCCGGCAUGGCUGUGUCCCAUGGGCUGUGUGCCUGUGAGUUCACUGGGAGCUCUCCAUCACCUUCUAAAGGCCCUGCUUGCCCUUCCAUCUCCACAGCUGGCAGCCUUUCCUUCAUCGUUUUUAGAAGCAUUGCUCAAAUGUCCUCAGGCAACGCUUCAACUUCUGGGAUUCUCACUUCCAAAACCUUCAUGGCUGUUUUGGGUUCCCCAGCCUGAUCUGUGCUUGAUUUGAAAAAGUUUUGAUGGCAUGACCCAAGAGCUGAAACUGCAGCGUACUGCAGCAUUUUAAUGAGGUUGCCAAACCCACCUCAGUUUGAAGACAGUUUUAGGAAUAGAGAUCCACUGCAAGCUAGGCUUGCAUUUCUGGUACUAGAUUUAAAGUACCACUGUCAUGUGCUUUUUUUUAAAGUUCAUUAUGUGUCAUCUGAAAUCUUGCUUAAAAGAGUUGUCUAGUUGUAUUCGUGCUUUGAAAUCUGUAGAACUAUAGAUAGAUAGCUGUCAUUUCCAGACAUGGCAAGAUUACCACAGUUCAUUGUUGUCAGUAGCUAUUGUGUGCAGUCAGGAUGUCCUGGGGAAAGAGAGUGCGUGGUUUAAAGUUGACGUUAAGUACAUCAGCAUUCCAGUGGUGGUAAGCUAGAAAAAAGCUGGUGGUAUUCUACUGAAUUACUAAGAGAUUAGACUAACCUGUUUUGGGAGAAGUGAAAAGAAGGAAAUCUGAAAAAUUUGAGAUUUUUUUAUUCCUUUUGUGAUGGAUCCUGAAAAGAAAGGAUUUCUCUGGCAUAUAAAGUGCAAAGCUUAACAAAACUCUUCCUGGAACAGGAAGGCAGAGUGAAACAGACGGCAUUUCUUUAGGGAAAGGCUCUCUAUAUUAAUGUCUUGUUAGCUAAGUGAAAGAAGUGCUCUCUCUCUGAAGACAGUGUGGCUAAUGGAUAUACAAAUGUUUCCAUGCGGUGAACUUCAAAGAGGUUAAUGAAGAAAAUAAGAGAGAACUCUUCGGUGAAAUAUUUUCUUCUAUUGAAACAUUGGCAUUCACCUUUGGAAACGUUGUUUCAGACUUCCUUAUGGGAGAUGUAGACAAUGGCUCGUCAUUGGGACUUCCUGUAUCUCGGAGAAGUCGGUCUUUUGAGAAUCUUUCUGUGGAGUCUGGGGGUUCACUGCAUGAAAGGGAUGAUAUUCAAGGACAUCUUCGAGCAGAGGAGGUUGAUAGCAUGCUCCUAAGAAAUGACAGUGGAAUUGAGUCGGCUCUGUCCUAUGCUAAAGCAUGGUCAAAAUAUACCAAGGAUGUAGUCGCAUGGGUAGAAAAAAAGCUUAGCUUGGAACUGGAGUGUGCUAAAAACUUAGCAAAAAUGGCUGAAACUGCUAAAGCUGUUGUUGGACACCAGGAUUAUAUGCCAUUCCAGUCAAUAUUCAUUAAUGCUUUUCAAAAUGAUAUCGAGAACAGUCAACUUUGGCAACAAACAGCUGCUGCUCUCCAGUCUAACAAGUUUGUGCAGCCUCUUCUUGGAAGGAAAAAUGAGUUGGAUAGACAAAGGAAAGAUAUCAAGGACCUUUGGCAACGAGAACAGAAAAAAAUGCAAGAGCUGGAAGCUGCUCUCAGAAAAGCCAAGUUGCUGUAUACACAGCGUCAGGAUGAGUAUGAAAAGGCAAAGUCCUGUACUGCUCGUGCUGAGGAGGAACAGCUUAGCUCAAGUGGAAGCUUUGUGAAAGAUUUCAGCAAGCAAAUUGAGAAAAAACGAAGGCUAGAAGAGGAAGCUCUUCAAAAGGCCGAAGAAGCCAAUGAACACUAUAAAGCAAGCAUGGCAGAGGUUGAAGAAAAAAGAAAUUAUUUGGAAAGCUUUAAAAGUGAUGUUUUAACACAGCUUCGGGAGCUUAUUUACCAGUGUGAUCUUACUCUUAAAGCUGCAACAGUUAACCUGUUCCAGCUGCAGCAUGCUCAGGUUGUAUCUCUGCCAGUUAACUGCCAGUCCCUCUGUGAGAGUGCCAAACUCUAUGACCCUGGUCAGCAGUAUUCAGAGUUUGUGAAAAGCUUGCCAAAGGAUGGUGUUCCUGUUGAAUCAGGUUGUUUUGAAACCCAGAGUUCCCAGGUUGAUGGGGUUUUUAGUAAGCAAUCAACAAACAGUGUCCAUACAUCCCACGGUAACUUAUCUCAGUGUUCAGGAGAUUUCCCUGCUCAGACAUUAGAUGAUGUGGGAAGCCCAGUUUAUCAUCGUUCACAAAAGGUUAGAGAGAAGAGAUCUUCCAGCAACACAGAUAUUCCAGCAGUGCGAGGGCCACCGCCGUUCAGAUCAUGGUCAGUUGGCAACCAGAGUGGAGGAAUGUGCAGUGACUCUGAAAGUGCAGGGGGGAGCAGUGAGUCCCGAUCCAUGGAUUCUCCAUCUGCCAGCCCAGGGGAUUUUAAAAGACGACUUCCCCGAACACCUUCCACUGGGACUAUGUCAUCUGCAGAUGAUCUUGAUGAAAGAGAGCCACCAUCUCCUUCAGACUGUGGUUUAAAUGAUCUCACAUCUGAAACUGCAAAUUCUCCAGGACCUUUUAGAAAUGCUAAUAUGUCCAAAGCAGCACAAACACACAAACUCCGGAAGCUGAGAGCUCCAUCUAAAUGCAGAGAAUGUGACGGCCUAGUAGUAUUUCAUGGAGCUGAGUGUGAAGAGUGUUCACUUGCAUGCCAUAAAAAAUGUUUAGAGACUUUAGCUAUUCAAUGUGGGCACAAAAAGCUUCAUGGAAGGCUUCACUUAUUUGGAGUGGAAUUUGCCCAAGCUGCUAAAAAUAUUCCUGAUGGCAUUCCUUUCAUCAUCAAAAAGUGUACGUCAGAAAUUGAAAGCAGAGCACUGAAUGUCAAGGGCAUCUAUCGUGUGAAUGGAGCCAAGUCAAGAGUUGAAAAGCUUUGUCAAGCUUUUGAAAAUGGAAAGGAUUUGGUCGAGCUCUCAGAACUCUAUGCACAUGACAUUAGCAAUGUUCUCAAGCUGUAUCUCCGCCAGCUUCCAGAGCCCUUGAUUUUGUUUCGGCUUUACAAUGAGUUCAUUGGACUUGCAAAAGAAAGUCAAAACGCUAAUGAGGAGUUGGAUGCUAAACAAGCUAGCCCCAAAGCAAAGACAAGACAGUCACUCUGUAUUGAACUGAACAGGAUCAUCAUUAAAAUUAAAGAUCUUCUGAAACAACUGCCUGUACCAAACUAUAACACUCUUCAGUACCUUAUUGGACACCUUCACAGAGUUACAGAACAGUGCGAUGAAAAUAAAAUGUCAGCCAGCAACCUUGGCAUAAUAUUUGGCCCAACUCUGAUCAGACCCCGUCAAACCGAUGCUACAGUUUCUUUGUCAUCACUUGUGGACUACCCUUAUCAGGCCCGGGUAGUGGAGCUGCUCAUAACAUACUAUGAAAAGAUAUUUGAUGUCUCAUUGAAACCACUUCUGAGCACUUGUCAUGCUGAAGAAACAGCUGGUACGGUCAGAGUUGCUUUAUCAGCAGAUGAGAGGGAGCCACAGCAGCAGAGGAAAUCGUUUGUUGCUGUAAAGGAACAGGGUAUUCAAAUAGUUCCAUGUGAAAGAGCUUCAGAAACAGCUGCAAUCUUUUUUGAAUCGAAGAAUAGCAGGAAUACAAAAGAAGAAGCAGAUAUAUCUGUAACUGGUGAUGUUGUGAGUCCAGCUACAGAGAAAGACAACGAUCCAUUCCUUUCUCUAGGUGAAGACCCCUGUCAAAUUAGCCUAGUUGCUGUAAAACCCAACCGUCAGCUUGCCAAAGUUCCAUUGCGGGCUCCAAGGACAAAGCCAGCGUCUCGCCCUGUCAGCCUGCCUGUAGACCGAAUACUUCCUCCAUGUGUUUUGAAUGAAAGAAAUUCACGAAAUGCAGGGGCAAUAAGUUCAGAGAAGCUGGGCAGAAGCCCUACUAUUGAAGAAGUCUCAGAGGUGAAGGCCCUCCCUGCUGUUGAUACCUGCUGCAGACUGCCUUGUUAUGACACCCAGAUGCUGCGAAAAACUUGGGACAAGCAGUACAAACAGUAUGAUAUCACAGCAAGGACAGCAAUGAUCGUGACUAACGUGCCCCAGGAGAUCCGAGCACUCGAGAGUGGAACUGCAGGUGCUUUAUCAUCAUCAUGCAGCAUUGGUAACAAUUCAGCUAAAGCCAAUCUUCCUAAUAAGCCAUAUUCUGUUGUCGGGUCAGGAAGGACAGCAGCAGAAGAGAAUGGUCCUGAUGUUAAUCCUGUUGCUGCCUUUAGGGCACCAAGAACAUUGCAGCCACCCCCAGGGACAUUUUAUAAACCACCUUCUAACAAAUCAAAAGAAAAUGGAGAUGGUUCUUCUGCUAAAGCUUGUGCACCCACCAGUGCUAGCUCCGUGCUCCCCCAGGAUAAUACUGUGAAACUGGCUAGGAGCUCUGCACUUCCGUCAGGUGAUGCUGAACAAAACACAAACGAACAGAAAUCUAGCUCAGAGGACAUUCACUCCACAGAUCUGAAGCCUGCUUACCACAGACUGAGACCAAAAAGGAUCCAAGAACUGGAGCACAGGGAAGCUCAUUUUGUAUAGGGUGCAAAUUCCUCUUGGACUAUAUGCAAUUUCUUGAUGUUGCCCAGUGGAGGCUUCCCUUUGCCCCUUUAUCCUUUGCCUUCCCUUGAGAAUCCCACUUUUGUGCCAUAUUGGAGUUAUUUUUAUAUAUGCAGCAUUUUAAAAAUGGGGGGAGGCCUGGGGAAUUGUGACUUUAAAAAGUCAAACUUUUUGUAGUUCAGUAGCUUUCAAUAAAGAUGUAUUACAUUCCCAGUCUAGACACAUGGGUUCAUUGAAUAAGACAUUGAGCUUCAUUUCAUUGUGUGGAAUGGAGUGCUUAUUCAUAGAGAAACAGCUAUUUUUCUUAAUAGAUGUUAUAAUAAAAAUGGAAGGUUUAAUGUUCACUGUCUAAGCAUAAACCAAAGCUUGUGCUUUGCUCUGUAAAAGCAUUUGUUCAUUUUUCUAAUCUGUGCAAUUAAAGCUUUGCUCUUGAACAGGCUUACAUACUGGCCAGCAUGGCAAUAGUUAUGUAUCAUAUGUGUAUAUUUUAGGCAGACAUGGUUAUCUGUUGCCAGUUUUCCGUUGUCACUUUAAUUUUUUUUUGUACAGCAAGGAUGCACUUACUGAGCUUUACUAUUCAGAAGCAGCAGUCAAUUCACAUCUGGACUCUUGUAUAGCUUAGUGAGCGGGGCAAAUGUGCACAGCCUAUUUCACUUGGGUGCCUUUCUGGACACACUCAGUUGCCCUGGUGUUGUCUUUCCCAGGUGAAUGACAAGGCAGUGAUUUGCUUGCUAUAGAUCAGUUUUACCACUUAACCUGGUGUAACUGAAAUGAAGAGCUUAGUUUCCAAGUUUCUGUGAAACAGAUAAAAAUAACCAAAAAUCAGCAUUAGUAGGUGCAUCUAAUGGUUUUCACUUUGUAUGAAAUGUUUUUUAUGUGUACACUGUGUUAUAUUUGCUUUACAAUAUAUUAAUGUGUUAACAUUUCAGUGAC